UGAAUUUUUUUUAAGGUAGUUUAGUUUCAGUGAACUGAUUUUCAUUUUUGAUGGCUUGGUAUAAUAGGAAGAUGGUAGUUGUAAUUAAAGAUGGAAUGGCUAUUUGUUUGAAUUGUUCACCAGAAAGCUGUCCUAAAGAAUGUAGGAUAAGUCAAUUUUUUCCUCCUCCUUCUAGUCCUAUUAGAAGUGAAAAUCAUCCUAUGCCUUAUUUUUUUGUUAUUUUGCUUUGUGUUCUUGGGGCAAUGUUUGUGUUCAUUUGUUAUAUGAUUACUCUUAAGAAGUACAACAUGAAUAUGAGGAGAAGUGGUGAUAAUUUGAGUGGAAAUGAUGAUGGUUUUGUUGAUGAGUCAGAUAUGGAUCAUCCAAUUUGGUAUAUACAUACAGUUGGACUACCACGAUCUGUAAUUGAGUCGAUACCCGAGUUUAAGUAUAUAAAGAUUGAUUCUUUGAUUGAUGGGAUUGAUUGUUCUGUUUGUUUGAGUGAAUUUGAAGAAGAUGAGAGUCUUAGGUUGUUGCCUAAAUGUAGUCAUGCUUUUCAUGUGACUUGUAUUGAUACUUGGUUAAGUUCACAUAUGAAUUGCCCGGUUUGUCGUGCUCCUAUUGUGUCUGAUUUAAAUGCUGCAUUAGGGAUAAAUAAUGUGGAAGUUUCUUCAACUGAUGUGGAUAGUUCUAGUGGAGAUGAUGUGGAGAAUGAACGUAUGGCGAGUGAAAUGGAAAGUCAAGAAUUGGAUGAGGGGGGAAAUAUUGUUGCCUUGUCAAAUGAAGAAGGGGAAAUUGUGGGAUUUUUGGAGAAAGUUGUUGAUGAAAAGCCAAAGGGAUUAUGUAGUGAUUUAGCUGAGCAUCGAGCUAAAGGAAACAACGUAAUGCAUACAGAAAUGAGGUCAGUUUCAAUGGAUCCAUCAGCUGUUAUAGUGGUUCGUCGUGCUAUGAGUCAAAUGACUUUGGAUUAUAGCGGUGAAGGGUGUUCUAAUUCGAAAGAUCAACUUGCUGAAGCCUCAGCGAAGGCUGAAAAUUCUGAUGCAGCUGCAAAGAGAGGAAACAGAAAUUCGAGGUUAUAUGAAGCGAUGAAGUGUUCUUCCUUUGGUCGUUCGUUGCAAAAAGUGCCAAUUUGUUUGAAGAGGUCCUUCUCUAGUAGUGGCAAUCAAUCAAUGUAAGUGAAGCUUGUUUAAGACUAUGCUUUCUUGAAUUUCAAUAGGAGUUCAAGUUUUUGCAUUUGGAAAUGUAUCGAAAACAUAUUGGCAAAUAGUAUCCACAUAAUAAGAACUAAUGAACAGCUGAAUUGAGCUGAUUCACAAACUUCAAAAGAGA